AUGGCGGACGAAGAAAAAGAAAAGGCCGAAAAGCUCGCUGCGGCGAAGAAGCGCUUCGAGCAAUUGAAGAAGCAACAAAAAGGCAAGAAGGGCGGCGCGAAAAAGAAGGAAAAGGCCGAAGCCGCAGACUCCGAAGCUUCUGCAGCUGCCGCGGCUGCCGACAGCAAGGGAGACGAGACGCUCGACGAGCCCAAGGCCGACGCCGCCCCCGCCGCAGACGACGAGCAGCAACCUGCCGACGCGACCGCCGAAUCGCCCGCCGCCGAGGGCGAGGAGACGAAGGGAGAGGAGAAGCCGGAGGAGACGGAUACCAAGGAUGGAGGCGCCGAAGCUGGGGACGCCGACGCCGAGAAGCCCGCGGAAUCCGCUGCUGCCCCGACUCGGCCGGCGCAUGGGCGUCAGCCAUCCAUAUCUGUGCAGUCGAAGCUGCGGUCAGACUCAUUCCGGCGAAGUUCGUCAGCGGCAGCCAUGGGCUCGCCCUCGGCGUUGAAGUCGCCAGGCCUGCCGCUGAGUCCAGGCGACGAUGUGCAGGAUAUAUAUCGGAAGCAGGUGCUGCGGAUUGAGGAGCUGGAGAGGGAGAACAAGCGGCUGCAGACGGAGUCGCAGGAUGCCGAGACGCGGUGGAAGAAGACGGAGGACGAGCUCGAGGAGCUGCGGGAGGCCAACAAUGAGGUCGCGGAGCUGAAGGCAAAGGCGGACCAAGUCGAAGCGAAGUCCAAGGAGGUCGACACGUUGCGGACGGAAAUGACCAGUCUUCAACGCCAGAACGCACAGCUUCAAAAUCAAACCAAGCAGAACCGCCGCGUCUCGAGCGCCUCUCCCUCAAACGACGACCUCGCCUCGCAGCUCGCCUCCAAGUCCAGCACAAUCGAGUCCCUCGAACUCGAGGUCUCCAACCUGCACGCGCAGCUCACGCAAGCCUCAACCGCGGCCGCGAGCCAGGAAGACAAGAUCGCCUCGCUGCAGGACCAGCUCUCCAAGGCCGAGCAAGCCGCGUCCGCCUCGGCGCAGGAGCUCUCCGACCUCAAGACCAACCUCGAAAAGGCCAGCGAGAGCGCCGCCAAGGAGGGCGACUCGCGAUCGUCCGCCGAGACGCGCAUCGCGCAGCUCGAGGCCGAGCUGGCCGCGGCGCAGCGCGCCGCCGCCGACGCCGCCAAACGCGCCGAGACGCUCGAGAAGAAGGCCGAGACGCUCGCGACGCUGCACCGCGAGUCGGACGCGCGCAGCCAGGCCAAGCUGCGCGAGGCCGACAAGGUCGAGCGCGAGGCCCGCGAGCUGCGCGCCCGCGCCGCCGCCCUCGCCGCCGAAAACGCCCGCCUCCAGCAGCAGCAGCAGGACGCGGCGUCGCACGGCGCCGAGGACGGCCUCGACGAGCUCGAGGACGAGCAGCGCGCCCGGCUCCGCGCCCGCAUCCAGGCCCUCGAGGAGGAAAACACGGACCUCCGCCGCGGCAUCUGGCGCGACCACCGCGCCGCCAUGCAGCCCGGCAUGACGGACGACGCAUCCGGCCCCGGUCCCGGCAACGGCUUCGACGACGUCGACCUUUCCAGCGCCACCAGCCUCUCCCGCGGACCCAGCCAGUCCCACCGCCACGGCAGCACCGCCGGCACCUCUUCCCUCCAGGACGUCAUCAACAGCGGCAUCAGCGCCUUCACCGGCACCCCGCGCCGCAGCUCGUCCAACAACACCUCCCGCCCCCCGCCGCGCAAACAUAGCGCUGCCGCCGCCGCCGCCGGUGGUGUCGGCCUGCUCGAUGACGACGACGACGACUUCGCCUUCGACGAGGACGCGUUCCGCCUCGCGCAGGAGGAGGAGGCGCGGAAGCGCAUCGAGCGCGUCAAGGAGGUCAAGAGGGGCUUGGAGGGGUUUAGGGGGUGGAGGGUUGAUGUUGUGGAUAUGAGGGUGGGGAUGGGCGGGGUGGUGGAUUUGUAG